AUGGCGUUCAGUUUAGCCGCUUUUUCAUACAUCGUAGCGUUAAUCGUAGAUGCGUUUUUAAUAUUUUUCGCAAUAUUUCACGUUAUUACAUUCGAUGAAUUAAAGACUGGGUACAAAAAUCCGAUCGAACAAUGUAACAGUUUAAAUCCGCUAGUUAUUCCAGAGUAUACUCUACACAUUGUGAUCAACUUAUUAUUUCUGAUAAGUGGUGAAUGGUUUUCGUUGAUUCUCAACAUCCCAUUAAUUGCUUAUCAUUUAUGGAAAUACUGUCACAGGCCAGUUAUGUCUAAACCAGGUUUAUAUGAUCCCACUAGUAUAAUGAAUGCUCAAGUUUUGACAGCUCACCAACGAGAAGGAUGGAUUAAACUUGCAUUUUAUCUUUUAUCAUUUUUCUAUUAUUUGUAUGGUAUGAUCAGUUCGUUGAUACAAUGAACAAGAUAUUUUCUACUAUAUUUUCAAUUGUGAUUUUCAUCAUUGAUAUAAUACGCUUCAGAGAUACAAUAUUACUUGUAUGGUGAAAUUGAACAGCGAAAAAGAAAGCCUUGUUAUAAUAUCACAGUUUAGGAAAAUAAAACUUAACGCUCA